CUGAAGCUGUCGCAAGUGGACUGGUCAGGUGUUUCGGAAACCGAACAUCAGGAAAAGUUUUAUCGAAGGUGCCAGAUAUUUUGGUAAAUAAAGACCGACCACAAUCAUGCUCAGACGGAUAUUACAAAUGACUCCUGGGAAGGGAGGCUCCCAGAGCUCUGAGUCAGACCCUCCCUCUGCUGACCUCAACAGCGAGCAGACGUCUGAGGGUUUCAUAUGCCCCCAGUGCAUGAAGUCCCAUAACUCUGCAGAGGAGUUGUUCAAGCACUAUGAGGUGUACCACGAGACCGCCGAUCAGCCCUCGCCCUGGGCUGCUGGAAGGGAAGAUCUCAACCUGCUCAGACAAGAGGUGAAUGACCUGCAAGCUUCACUGAAGGAAGAGCGAUGGUUCUCUGGAGAGCUGAAGAAGGAACUUGACAAGGUUCAAGGGCAUCUGAAGCAAAACGAUGGCCAACCAGGAUCAGAAUCAACAGAUCUGGAGAUCAAGCUUAACGAGGCAGAAACUGAGAAAUUCAACAUCAAACAGAUGAAGGACCUGUUUGAACAGAAAGCUGCCCAGCUGGCCACAGAGAUAGUGGACAUCAAGUCGCGUUAUGACGAGGAGAAGAGCUUACGGGAGGCGGCAGACCAGCGGCUCUCUGGACUGACACAGGAACUGCACAGAGAACGGCAGGAGAAGGAGAAACUCAACACUGAACUGCUGCAGAGGCCGGGUCAGGAGGAUGUUGAUGUUCUGAAGAGGGAGCUGGUGCAGGUCCAGACCCUGAUGGACAGCAUGACGCGCGAACGAGAGGAGGAGUCGGAACGCCUAAAGACCCAAUACGACGAGCUGCUCGCCAACCACACUACCUCAGAGAAAACCAUCUCCCAACUGAAGGCUGAACUGGAGAAGGGGCCUCAGGAGGCUGCAGUCUACACGCAGCAGAUUCACGAGCUGCAGGGCAACCUCAACAACCUACAGCAGCAGAACCAGAACCUCUCAGAGCGUCUGAGCAAGCGUGAGCUGGAGCAGCGUGAUCUUGAAGAGCGCCACAGCGAGAGCCAGACCUCGGCGCGGAGCCUGCAGUCCAAGUUGCAGCAGCGGGAGCUGGAGCUGCAGGAAGCGCAGGCCCGCGGCGCCCAGGCCGAGGCCUCCCUGGCCAGGAACCAGGCGGAGCUGGGGGAGCGCGACCAGGAGGCCGCCCGCCUCAAGAGGGAGCUCAACCAGCUGGAGCUGCUGCAGCAGGAGCUGAAGGCAGAGAAGAAGCAGAUGCAGCAGCACAGGGAGGAGAAGGAGAACCAGGGAAUGCAGCAGCAAGGAGAGAUCAGCCAGCUCCAUACUAAGCUGCUGGAGGCUGAGCGUCAGCUGGGUGAGCUUCAGGGCCGUCUGAAGGAGCAGAGGCAGCUGUCUGGGGAGAAGCUGAAGGACCGCGAACAGCAGGCGGCAGACCUGCAACUCAAACUCGCACGUUCUGAGGAACAGCUGAAGGAAAAUGCUACCAAGAGCACGGAGCUGCAGCACCAGCUGGAGAAGGCAAAACAGCAGCACCAGGAGCUGCAGACACUACAGCAGGGCACCACCAGCAAGCUCAGGGAGGCACAGAAUGACCUGGAGCAGGUGCUGCGUCAGAUUGGGGACAAGGACCAGAAGAUCCAGAACCUUGAGGCCCUGCUGCAGAAGAGCAGAGACAGUGUGAGCCAGCUGGAGACAGAGAGGGAGGACCUGUGUGCCAAGAUCCAGGCAGGACAGGGGGAGACAGCCCUGCUCAACCAGCUGCAGGAGAAGAACCACACGCUACAGGAACAGAUAGGCCAGCUGACCGAUAAGCUGAAGAACCAGUCAGAGAGCCACAAGCAGGCUCAGGAGAAUCUCCAUGACCAGGUGCAGGAGCAGAAGACAGCCAUGCGUGCGGUGCAGGACCGCUGCCAGGCCCUGCAGACCUCCAAUGGGGAGCUCACCUCGCAGCUCAGCGACAGCAGAGAGAGGGUGGCACAGCUGGACACGCAGCUGAAGGCCAAGACUGAGAUGCUUCUGUCUGCCGAGGCCUCCAAGACUGCCCAGAGAGCAGACCUCCAGAACCACCUGGAAACGGCCCAGCAUGCAUUGCAGGACAAGCAGCAGGAGCUGUCUAAGAGUAAGGCGGUGCUGGAGGAUCAGUCCAAGCGUCUUGAGGAGCGUCAGGAGCAGGUGACCCAGCUGGAGGCCUCUCUCAAGGAGACCAGGGACAAACUGCUGACCUCCGAGCAGCUCGCAGACACACUGCAGACACAGAUCAAGAAGGUGGAGGCGGAGGUGGGUGAGCUGCGCUCCUGGAGGGAGCAGGCCCAGCAGGAGCAGCAGCAGCUGAGGCAGCAGGUGACCGAGCAGGAGGGCAAGUCCAAGGAGCUCAGCAGACUACUGGCCGAGGAGAAACAAGGUGCGGCAGCCCUGCAGAAGGACAUCCAGAAGAAGACCUCAGCCCUCAGUGAGGCGCGCAAGCAGCUGGAGGCCAGCCGGCUGGAGGCCACCGGCCUGCAGGCUCGCCUGGACUCCCUCACUCAGGAAGGGCAGGCCAAGCAGGCAGAGCUGGACAGGAAAGUCCAGGGCCUCACGGCAGACCUCCAGAAGGCCCAGCAGGAGCAGGAGGCCCAGGCCAAGGAGCUGGGGAAGGCCAAAGAGGGGCUGGCCAAGGCCUCCAAGGCCCUGAAGGAGAGCCAGAGCCAGCGUGAGAAGGAGAAGAAGAGCAUGGAGGCCAGCCUCGGGGAGAAGGAGCAGUCGCACCAGAAGGCUUUGCAGCAGCUUAAAAAAAACGCUGACGGCACAGCCAAGGAACUUGCAGAGGUCAAGGGUCAGCUUCAGAACAUGACAGAAGCCGAGAAAGGGCUGAAGGCACAGGUGGUCACGGCGACUGCCCAGCUUACGCAAGCAAAGGACUCGCUCAACGCCCGGGACAAAGAGGCGCAGCAGCUGCAGGCGCAGCUGAAGACGGCCCAGGGGUCCUUCGACCAGGAACUGAAGAAACGGGAGACGCAAGUGGCCAACCUGCAGGCAGCCCAGGCUAAAAAGGCUGAGGAGGAGAAGAAGCUUCAGGAUGAGCUGUCGUCAAUGUCCAGCGAGCUGAGCGGAGAGAGGAGCCGCACGGCCGAGCUGCAGCAGACUCUGGAGCAGGCGCAGCAGAGCCUCUCCUCCCUACAGUCCGACUGCUACGGCAAGGAGUCUGAACUCUCCGCCCUAAGACAAGACCUACAGGUGUCUGGUGAGAAGCUGUGUGUGGCCCAGGAGGAGCUGAAGGCCAGUCGUUCCCACCUGAGUAAGCGCGAGGAGGAGAUGCAGCAGCUGAAGAGCAGUGGGGCAGCCCUGCAGAAGCAGCUCAAGGAGAGCCAGGACAAGAGCGGCAAGAUGGAGAGCUUACUCAAGGAGAUGCAGAAGACACAGGCCCAGACGCAGGAGGAUCUGGGUAAGGAGAGGGCCCAGCUGGAGGAGUUCCGGACGGCCCAGACCUCCCUGGAGAAUGAGCGCAGCCGCCUGGCUACCGAGCUCAAGGCCCUGGCCGACAAGAAUGACAAGGAGUUGAAGGAGCUGCAGGCGGCUAAGCAGCUGCUGAUUGGCCAGAAGCUGGAGCUGCAGGGCAAGGUGGAGGCGGGGCUAAAGGAUCUGGAGGAGGAGCGAAAGCAGCACCAGACAACACGCGACGGAUUUAGCUCCAUAGAGGAGAAACUCAAGGCAGACACGCAGAGGGUCCACACACAGAUGGCAGAGGAGGUGCGGGCGCGGGAGCUCCUCCAGAAGGAGAAGGAGGAGGCGGAAGUGCGUCUGGGGCUGCAGCUGUCGGCGUUGAAUGAGAACGUGGCCACCCUGAAGCGGGAGUGGCAGGGCAGCCAGCGGAGAGUGGCCGAGCUGGAGAAACAGACGGACGAGCUGAGGGGCGAGAUGGCCGUCCUAGAGGCCACCGUGCAGAACAACCAGGACGAGAGGAGAGCACUGCUCGAGAGGUGUGUGAAGGGCGAGGGCGAGAUUGAGAAGCUGCAGGCUAAGGUGAUGGAGAUGCGGAGGAAGCUGGAUGACACCACUGCAGCCAUGCAGGAGCUCGGCCGGGAGAACCAAUCACUACAGAUCAAGCAGUCUCAGAGUCUGACCAGGAAAUGGGCCGAAGACCACGAGGUUCAGAACUGCAUGGCAUGUGGCAAAGGCUUCUCACUCGCCAUCAGAAAGCAUCACUGCAGGCAUUGUGGGAACAUCUUCUGUCACGAGUGUUCGGCGAAGAACGCCCUCACGCCUUCCUCCAAGAAGCCCGUCAGAGUGUGUGAGGCCUGCUUUGAGGAGCUACAGGGCUGACCUUUCACUCACACACACACACACACACACACACACACACACACACACACACACACACACACACACACACACACACACACACACACACACACACACGCACACUACCCUACAUGCAGAUAGACUUGGUGAGACUGUGUCCUUUGUAUUUUACCUGAUAAACAUGUGCACUAAGUUAGUUAACUGAGGAGGGCCAUGGAGGAGGAGCGGAGCAGAGUGGAAUGGAGGGGGUCUCUGGCUGAGCGAGCCUCUGCUCUACUGCCUGGAGAUGAGGAAGGACCUCUGCAGCAGCAGCAGCAGCAGCAGCAUCACUGGCACCAGGAUAUACUGUAGGAAGGGGGGCGGGAGAGAGAGGGCCCGGGUACUGACCUAUGCCCCCCAUAGAUUUUGAAUGGACGUGGCUCCCUACAAGUUUGUAGAAAUAUGUACAGUAUACUGUAUGGGUACUGAGACAUGCCGUGCCACCCUUCCACCUCUCUCUCUCUCUCUCACUCACACUCACACGCACACUCACACGCACACUCACACGCACACUCACACGCACACGCACACGCACACACACACACACACACACACACACACACACACACUCAUUGACUGAGGGCGUGGCCAAUUGCUGAUGACCUCAGUGUGUAACCUUUAAGAAAUUAAGCGUUUUUGUUCGUUUUUAAAUGUGAGAAUGGCGGGGGCGGGGGGCACCAGAAAAGCCAGCGCCGUGUGUUUGUUGUGUGUCGUUUUGUGGCUUGCUUUGCAGCCUCAGAGGUCGUAACCAGAGGAGAGACUGAGGAUGCAGGGUGGUGGUAGUCCCCUCGAUGUUUUGCCACCGGAUAUAUUCUGAAAUGAUCGAUUGAUUGCCUGAUGAAUGAAUGAAUGGCAGAAGUGAGACACAGAAGGUUCUGAGUUGGUUUGACAUUGAGUCGAUCACAUCACAUCAGGAAGUAUGGUUGUAUGCAAGAAAGUAUGUGUCUGUGUUUGCAUAUUAAGUCGUUUUUGAGAUGUGUGUGUUUGUGCCUGGAGGUUGUGAAGAUGAUUUGAUAUUGUAGGGUUGCCGUCAGAUUCAAUAUUGUCUCAGAAGGUGGGAACUGUUUUUUGUUUUUGUUUAGAUUUUUUUCUUUAAGUAUUUGAUUGUUUUUGGUUUGAUGUGUAACACCAUGUGACUACAUGCUUUGCAGUCGUGUAAUGACUAAUGGUCUGUGUGAUGUGAUGGUGAUUAAGUCAUGUCAUGGUUGAUCUGGUGAGUUACAGUAUGUUCUUUUAAAGGAUACGCAAGAAGUUGGAAUGAGGAGUCAACACCAGCAGGGAUCUGAUCAAGACCAAAGAAUGUAGAGUAGGUGCGUGUGUGUGUGUGUGUGUGUGUGUGUGUGUGUGUGUGUGUGUGCGCGUGUGUGUGCAUGUACUGUAUGUGUGUGUGUGUGUGAGCGCUUACACAGAGGAGAGAUCCUGAGAUUCUUUAUUAAAAAAAAAAAAUCCCUCUGGCCAUCCCGUCAUUUCUGAUGACUAGAGGUGAUAUUAAAAGCUCUUUGGUUGAAAUAGUAGCCUAGAUCUCAUGUUGCAUUGUCCACUGCUUGUCACGAGCGCCGUGUUCCGUCACUGAUGCGGUAUGCAUGCAUCUACUGUACAUAUGCAACCAGAAGUAUAGGCGCCGCCAAUGAUGGUACUCUUAACGCCGUAUUGUACAUAGGUCAUUACUGUGCGUGUGUGUUUAUUGAUAUGUUCUGCUGUGUGGCUGUGAAGGAGUUUGUGUGUGUCUGCACUCACUUUGCUUUUGAGCAAUAAUUGUAACACUGUGGCGCUGCGGCAGGUGUGUGUGUGUGUUGUGUGACUGCUUUGUAUAAACACUUGAAAAAAAGGGGUCUGCCUGUAUGGUUAAAUAUUUUUUUAACAAGAUAAAUUUGUUCAUUGAUUAAGUUUUA